AUGCCUCGAGGUUUCUUAGUGAAGAGACACCGGCGCUGCUCGGCGUCGUACCGACCACGAGGUGAUGACCGACCCUACGACAACAACGACAACGAGGACCCUCCUCCGGUGAGCCACCACUUGAAGGUGACGGGUGUUUCUCCGUUUGACCGGCCGGACGCCCUCCCGGUGUCCCGCGAGGCGUGGAGUCCGCACGUGGAGCCAGCCCUGGAGGCGGAGGCCAACCAGCGCGCGCAGUUACCGGAGAGCGAGGAGCCGGAAACCGAAGCGGGCACCCUGAGUCCCGGUGGGGACUUCUCCCGCGUAUCCCCGCGUCCCCCUCCUCCCCCUCCUCCUCUCUCCCGCGACCCGACUUUAACGGGGUCCUACUACAGCCCCCUCAAGCCGGUCGGCGCGACCUUUCUGGAGGAUGACGAAGAAAAACAGCUGUUCUACCCCGGCCGGUGUCUGACGUCAUCCCCGGGGUCAGAUCUGGCCACCGAGUUGCCGAAAUUACCCUUCCUGCUGAGCUGCACGCCGCCGUCGGUGUCCGCCUCCAUCGAGAGGCUCCUGGGGAGCAGCCUCCACCCCGCCCCGUCCUACGGCGAAAUCCCGGACAGCGAGAAAUACGAACCGAGUAUGAGUCACUUGUUCCCCCCGCUGACCUUCAUGAACCACCAGCACCACCACCAGCACCACCACCACCAGCCCCACCACCACCAGCAGCACACCGCCAAAAAACGGUCUCUCCUGGAACCGGAUCCGAACAACAGACACGGUAAACUGCCGACGGGCCACGCUGCCAAGAAGCCGAAAGUUCACCGGAGACUGAACUUCGAGGACGAGGUCACCACCUCCCCGGUCUUGGGUCUGCGGAUAAAGAAGGAGAGCCCCGAGCUGAGGAGGCAACAGCGGGAGAAGUCGUCCGUCUCCACGGGGAGUAAGCCGCUGGGGGAGUUCAUCUGCCAGCUGUGCAAGGAGGAGUACCCCGACCCCUUCUCCCUCGCGCAGCACAAGUGCUCGCGCAUCGUGCGCGUGGAGUACCGGUGUCCCGAGUGCGACAAGGUCUUCAGCUGCCCCGCCAACCUGGCCUCCCACCGCCGAUGGCACAAACCGCGCCCGGCGCACGGCCACGCAGGAGAGACCCCGACCGGGGCAAGCAAGGCGCCGCCGCCGCCAUCUUUAACGGAGACGCGGGGACUCCGUCGGACUCCUCCACCUCCUCCGUUUGCUCAGUCCUUCGCGGAGGAGGACGUCUACGACUGCCGGUACUGCGGGAAGAAGUUCCGGCGCCAGGCGUACCUGAGGAAACACCUGGCCGCGCACGACGCGACGUCGCCGUCUUCGCCGCCGUACGGCCAGGUGCACGAGGGCGGCGGGGGGCCGAGCGGGGUCUUCGCGUGCCACCUGUGCGGCGCGCGCUUCCCGUCCGUCGACGUCCGGGACAAACACCACGUGUGGCACUCCGUCCGACAGGAGCUACUGGCGGGGGCGCUGGGAGCGCUGGGAGGGAGCGGGGCGGCGCUGGGCGCACCGGGGCCAGACGGUGCGCACGUGCACAGGGAGGACACCGGCGCCGGUGAACGCGAGCGACCGCAGCAGGUCUUCACGUGCAAACAUUGUCCGUCCACCUUCUACAGCUCCCCGGGGCUCACGAGACACGUCAACAAAUCCCACCCCACCGAGAACCGCCGGGUGAUGCUGCUGCAGAUCAGACCUUGACGCGUGCACGGACGCGGUUUUAAUUGGACAGCCUUCGGCCCCGCGCGGCAAUUAC